GGCUUGAGAAAGGGGGGUGGGCGUCGCUGGACCAACUCCUCCCGCCCUGCUCUUUCUGUUGCAGGAAAAGACAUCGGAAGAGCGAGCAAGGGAGGCGGAGGGGCAGAAGAGAGGACAAAGGGGUAAAGAUGCAGGGAUGGGGGGAUGAAAUGGGGAGGGGGAGGAAAGGACAAAGACCCCCUCCCUAUUCCCCCCCAAACAACCCAGAUCUUACAUGGGACGAUGAAGCCCCUCCAACACAAGAGAUCACCCCCCCAUUACACUUGGCUAUGGGAUAUGCACGGGGGGGGUGCAGUGGGCCUUUCUGGAGAGGACGUCCUUGCAGGGUUUCGUGGCGCCUUCUGCUUUGAAGCACCCCCCCCCCCCACGAACAUUAGUUCCUGGGGGGAUAGACGGAGUCCAUGGAAGGAUGAAAGGGCGAGAGAGAGGCCUGGAUAGAGACACCCCCCCUUCCUUCCUUCCUUCCUUCCUUCCCUCUCUCCCCCCCCCCCCGGUCCGUGGCUCGUCUUGCGAGGCCCCUCCGGAGGGAGAGGUGGGCGCGCUCGGAAGAUCUUGGGCGCGCAGGGCGAGGGUUGAAUGGUGCCGGGGGGAGGCAUCUGGGCGCAGGGGACACUCAGGGACGGAGGGAGGAGGGCAGAGGAAGUUGGGGGGCUGAGUGAUCAAUGGAAGCGUCCCUGGCGCGGGGGGGGGGAGCACUGUCGAACAGAGAGAUGCACGUGGCCUUUUGGAAGAGAUGUCGCCAUCUUGGGCGCUGGGGGGGGAUCUCCAGUGGGGCUGCCUUGGCUUUUUCCUUCCCGGCAAGAAAUCUGCCUUGGAGAGAGGGACAGGGAGGGAUCCUUGAAGAAAGGGGGGGUCCCAUUUCCCCACCCAGUUCUUUCCAGGAUGCUUCUUUCCAGCCACUGGAGAGAAAAGGCAGGAAGAUCCUGGGAGGAACCUCCUCCCUUAAGUUACCGGAAACUUCCUCCCUCGCUCAGGCUUCGAGUUUAUUGCAGGAGGGGGGUCCCGUGUGGGUGGUCCUGGCCCACCUCUGUGCUGGCAGGAGGUCCAAAUUUCAAGAGGGCAGACCUGGUGGGAAAGCAGCCCCCUGGCCAGGUCAGCUGCAUGAGAGCUCCAGGGAGGGCAGAAGAGAAAAGGCAUGAACGCCGUUUCGGAAGGGAUCUUCCUUUCUUCUUCCCUUUCUCCUCCUUUGUCUCCUGUCUCCUCUUUCCUCUCUUCUCUUCCUGCGGCCUUUUCACUCUCUGAGGAGGGGGAGACCAUCAGAUUCAGAGAAACAAGGGUUGUCCUGGGGGUUGGGACUCCCCCACCCAAAUGUCCAGAAUCCUCAUUUGUCUCCUUCCCCUCCUUCUCCCUUCUCUUUCAUUUCCUCCCUUACCUGGGUUUUCUUCUCUUCUUUACCUGGACUACCUUACAGGGACCUUUAGGAAGUUCUCCAGAGUAACUGUGGGACCACUGAGUUCCUUUAUCCUAAGAAGUUGUCUUCCUUUUUAUUCCUGUUCUGUUGUUCUUGCUAUACAGUUACCUUCUUAAGCACAAACUGAGCUAGCGAGAGGGUCGUCUUGCCCAUCUCGAAAGUUUCGAUUUCUGUUCUCAUCCUGAAGCAAAGUUCUUAACCAGAUGUACUAUUUCUGGGUUAGAGGAGUCUGUAACCUGAAGCGUCUGUAACCCGAGGUACCACUGUACAGCAAUCCAAAAAUAUGGGUGGAGGGUGCUAUGAAAAUGCUUUCGGGAUUCAUAUAUCAUUGAUAUAUUGGUGGGCUUCAAGGGUAAAGGACCCAAUAUCAUGAUAGGCAAUGCCCAUUGCUGGAGGAUUUACGUGUAGGUAUCUGAAUAACAAUAAUAGUUCAUUUAUAUGCCGCCCAUCUGACUGGGUUGCAGGACGGGGAUUGCCAGUAUUACAAGUAAGGUGUGUCAAUUUGCCAAUCUUACAAACUGUGCAAGAGAGUAAGUGGGUGGGGUUAUAGUUUAUAAGAAUCCUGUGAUUUUGUCCACCUGUAACUUUUCUUGUUCUAAUAAUUGUGGUACAUCCUUGCUAGAGUUUCUGAAGUAAACCUGCAAAAUCUACAAAGAGACUCACAGGUUAAUGGUGAAAUGAGUUUAUUUGUCUACAUCAUCGGACUGCUGCCCACAAAAACAGGUGCCAUCAUAUCUUUAUUGGCAUAUCUUUUAAUUGGCUGACAGAUACUUUUGGCUUUACUUCUAAAGAUGAAUAUUUUUGAAUACUUUUAACAGUCACAUAGGACAUCAAUAACACUUCUGUUUUAUUUAUUCCAGUUAGGAGAGACUCUGAUACACCAGUCUGAGCUCAUCUCCAUUGAAACAGAAAAUCACGGAGACGUGUCCUGGAGAAAUUGAGAGGUCUGUACUUUUCUGUGAGACUGUAUCUUUUUGUGUCUCAUUUCAGUGUGUGGGAAGAUAGAACGAGCCCUUCCAGGUCAGUAGGUUAUUAAGGAAUUGUAGUAUUUUGGGUCCAAUAUCAUUUCGCCAAACUGGCCUCUCCGCAGAGUUCACACAAACAGCAGCAUUCAGAGCAUAGGAAACCAAAGCACGAAGAAGAGCUAUAAAUCCACAUGACAUUCCAGACUUCAAGUAGAAUGGCUUAGUACUGGCCAAUUACAUCUGAAUGGUUGCAAAUAAGUAUUUCCUUAGCACUUGUUAUUGGUUCUUCAAUUGUUAUUACCAAGUCAUCCACAAAGGCUUUAUAUUCUUUCCUUCUGACUGAUAAUCCUUUAAUUCCUUCUGCUAAGCCUAUAUUAUUCAGGAGAACGUCCAGAACCGUUAUGAAUAACAAUGGUGAUACUGGACACCCUUGUCUUGUCCCUUUUGUAAUUUCAAUAUUUUCUGUUAAUACAUUAUCUACAAUAGGUUUUGCCUUUUGACUUGAAUAUAUUGCUUUUAUACUUCUCAUAAACAAUUGACCCAUUUGCAUCAUUUCUAAGUUUUUAAUCUUAAAUUCCCAAGAUAUUUUAUCAAAGGCCUUUUCAGCAUCCACAAAUAUUAUGGCUGCCUGCUUUUCAUUCCUGGCUGUCAAGUACUGAAUAAUAUUCACAAUAUUCCUUAUAUUGUCCUUCAUCUGUCCUUCAUCUGGCGGCCAGGAAAAAAGCCUUAAUAUUAGCAAAUAGUUCAUAAUCACUGUUCAACAAAGAAAUCGGCCUGUAGAUUUUAACCUGUAAUAAGUCUGAGUCUGGUUUGGGUAUCAGUGUAAUAUAUGCUUCUUUCCAAGUCUCUGGUAUUUCUCCUUUUUUCGAAAUAUUGUUCAUCUCUUCCUCCAAUGGUGCCAGUAGGUUGUAGCUGAAUUUUUUAUAAUAUUUAAUAACAAUAACAAGAAUUUAUUACGUAUACCCCGCCCAUCUGGCUGGGCUUCCCCAGCCACUCUGGGCGGCUUCCAACAAAAUAUUAAAAUACGGUAAUGCAUCAAACAUUAAAAGCUUCCCUAAACAGGGCUGCCGUCAGAUGUCUUCUAAAGGUCUGGUACUUAUUGUUUUCUUUGACAACUGGUGGGAGGGUGUUCCAUAGAACGAGUGCCACUACCAAGAAGGCCCUCUGCCUGGUUCCCUGUAACUUGGCUUCUCGCAGCGAGGCAGCCGCCCGAAGGCCCUUGGUGCUGGACCUCAGUGUCCGGCUAGAACGAUGAGGGUGGAGAUGCUGCUUCAGAUAUACUGGACCGAGGCCAUUUAGCACUUUAAAGGUCAGCACCAACACUUUGAACUGUGCUUGGAAACGUACUGGGAGCCAAUGUAGGUCUUUCAAGACCAGAGUUAUAUGGUCUUGGCAGCCGCACCCAGUCACCAGUCUAGCUGCCGCAUUCUGGAUUAGUUGUAGUUUCUGGGUUACCUUCAAAGGUAGCCCCACAUAGAGCGCAUUGCAGUAGUCCAAGCGAGAGAUAGGUUCUCAGCCUGCGUACCAGAUGGAGCUGAUAAACAGCUGCCCUGGACACAGAAAUGACCUGCGCCUCCAUGGACAGCUGUGUGUCCAAAAUGACUCCCAGGCUGCGCACCUGGUCCUUCAGGGGCACAGUUACCGCAUUCAGGACCAGGGAGUCAUCCACACCCACCUGCCUCCUGUCCCCUAAAAACGGUACUUCUGUCUUGCAGUAACUCCAUCCAGUCCUGGUGCUUUUCCUGAUUUGAAGUCCUUUAUUGCUCUCUAAAUUUCUUCCACUUCUAUUAAUUCAUUCAGUCUGUCCUUCUUUUCUGUUGGGUUUUGUUGCACUCCAUUCUUCUUUAAAAAUUCUGCUAUUUUGACUAUGUUCUCUUUUCCAGCUUUUUUAUACAAUUGUCUAUAGAAAUUUACAAAUCAUUUUCUUAUUUCUUUCAGAUUCUCUAUUUCUUUCUCUCCAAUUUUAAUUUCAUAUAUGUCUUUUGAGAUUUUCUUUUAUUUAUCUGCCAUGCUAGCCAUUUUCCUGGUUUAUUUGCGUUUUCAAAGUUCUUUUGUUUCAUCUUUUUAAUUUUCCAUUCUACUUCCUGAUUCACAAUUGUUGAAAAUUGACUUUGUAAUAUCUUAAUAUUUUGAUUAAUCAUUAUAUCAUUUGGGUUUUUAGCUAGUUUUUUUUCCAUUUUCCAUUAUCUCAUUUAAAAUUUCCAUUUUUUUUCUUUUCUCAGAAAGUUUUGGGUAGUUUCCCUUCUUUUGAUUCUAUUCUCUUUCUCAUUCUAUCAAUUUCCAAUGAAACUACCCCCUUCAGAUCCCCCAUAAUUAUUUUUUGAUCCACAAAGUCAAAUAAUUUCUCUUCCAACUUUCUAUAAAAUUCAGUCUUACUGCCAUUUGGUGCAUAAAUCCUGACAAUUAUCAGUUUUCCUCCCUUCUUUGUCCUUAAAGAUUUGUCUCACUUCACUUUUUUUAUAUAUACAACACCACCCCUCUCUUUUUACUCCUGUCUGAUGAAAUAAAUUCACUUCCUAAUUUCUUCUUUACCAAAAUUCUUCUAUUUUUUUGCAACAUGAGUCUCUUGUGAACAAAUACCUAAGUUUUUUUAAUAGAAUAUUUUCAAAUUUAUUUCUUUUAGUUUUGUUAUUCAAACCAUUAACAUUCUAUGUUUUAAUGCCAUUUUGUUUUUGUUACUAUUUAUUCGUGAAAUAGAGUCUUUUAAACUUGUCCUUCCUCUUCUUCUCUUAAUUUAUGUUCUUCUUCUUCUUCUUGGUCUAUGGUAUCUGUUCUGGCUGCUGCUGCAGCUACUGCCCCUUCUUCCUCUUUAUCCAGUUCCCUGUACCUUCGGAGGAAAUUUUUUACUUCAUCUAUUUUUCAGUUUAAAUUUCUUUUCCUUGUAGUAGAAUGAGACUCCUUCCGGAUGCUCCCAUUUAAAAUCUAUAUUGUUUUUUCUCAGCACUUGUGUCAGAGGUUUAUAUCUGUCGCGUCUUUUCAGCAAACAAAGUGAAAUGUCCUUAAAUAUGAUUACCAUUGCGCCAUCAAUAUAGAGCUUCUUUUCUCUAUUUUUUUAGCAAAAUUAAAUUUCUCAUCUUCUUAUCUUUAAAUAUAAUCAAACAACUUCCUGGAAACUUUCCAUUUUUUUAAUUUAACUUUUAUCCUAAAUGCAUUCAAUACUGUAUUGGCAAAUUCAUCUUUUUCAAUUCCUACUCAUUUUGCAAUUUCAAUAAUCAAUUUUUCUAAAAUAUUCUCUCCUGCUGUUUCUGGGAGAGAUCUGAUUCUCAAAUUUGUCUCUCUUUGCAUCACAUUGCACCCCACAAUUCCUCCUGUUCCUUAUUCAGCUCUGACACUGCACUUUAAUUUUUCUCAUCCUUCUUUUUUAAAUCCCUUACUUCUCGUUGCAUACGUUUCAAUCCUUCCUCUAAAUUUUGUGUUCUCUUGCUUGCAUCUUUUAUCUGGGCUUUCAUCUCAUUCACAGUUAAAUCUAAUUUUUUGUCCAUCUGCUCCCAUCUACUUUCCAUAUUUUUCUCAUUUGUUUAAUUUCUUUAAUAUCUGUCUUCUGUUACAAAAACAGUCUUGCAACAUCUCCUUCCCUUCCAUUUCUUGCUUUGACCCUCUCCGGGUCCCUCCUGGUGUUGCCCCCUCCCCUCCUUUUUUCUGUGUUGAUGUCAUUCUUAAACUGUUAUUUCCUCUUUCACCACUAGGUGGCCCUUUCACCUCCAACCAGUUCUAUAUCAAAUGUAUAUAGCCGAGAGGGGGACAAAGGGUAAAUGCUGCAGUAAUCCAGUAAUUAUUUGUACAAAAAGAAAAAGAGAAAGCAAGAGAAAACGUCUUCCGCCACUUGGUUGGCUACUCCACAGAUCUUUCGCACUUUCCACUGUAUCCCCGUCCCAAGAGCAAGAAGAAAUCAAAACUAUGUCCCAACGACACCAAAUUAUUCCGCCUCUUGGUAGCUUAAUCCAACUUCCACCGCAUUAUAUUCCAGAAAAAAGUAAAAGAGGAAGGUAAUCCCUACGAUUAUGAUGUCUUAACAAUGAAAAAGGUGAAGUUAAAAGAGAGAGAGAAAAUAAAUCCACCAUGCUCAGCAACCAAGGGGGGGGGGAUUUCCCCAAGUCUCUUCCUGUAAAUAUCUCCUCAAUUUUCUUACAGUACCAGACUUAGCAGUCUUUUUAUAUUUGUCUCUUCUGGUCUGGUAUUUUAACUCACAAGAAUAGCUCCAUAAACAUAUGUUUCUUCAAAUUGCGAAGUUUCAAUUAAAAUCAAAAGUAAAAGCCAGAAGCUCCUUCUCCAGCGGUCUCCUUCAACUCCCAAAGGGCUUCAAAUAAGUUUAUUUUUUAGGGAUUUCCCCCUCCCUUUCAGUAAACCAAAUCUUCAAAACUAAAAGAGUAUAUUUAUUAUUUUUAUUCGCUGUAAGAGAUUAGACUCUUACUCCGUUUUCGCAGCACUUUCCGCUGCCCAAGGGGAGCAUUUUCGGCGGUGGAGAGACCUCCUUAUAGCGCUGCUGGCCUCAAAAUAAUCCUUUUGAGUGUUUUGGGGGGGCUGCAGCGCCCUUGCAGACUCCCCCUUUGUCCCGCAAAGAGCUGAACUCUCCCCUAAGGGCUGAGUCCCAUCUCUUCUCAGCUCUGCGGACCAACCGGAAGUCGCUGUUUGAUGUUUAAUCAUGUUUUAAUAUUCCGUUGGGAGCUGCCCAGAUGGCUGGGGUUUGAAUAACAUAUUAUAAUUAAUUAAUUAAUUGAUUAAUUAAGUUGGAACAUAUUUUCCCCCUUUAAUUUAUAGUAUCAUUCUCUUGGCCACAUUUAGGAAAGGCAUAAUCCACUUUUGUAAUCCAAUUGACAGCUUACAUGCAAUUCGUAUAUUAUUCCAAAGGAUAUUUUCUUCUGACAUUCUUCCCGUUAGAAUUCAGCUUUUUCAGUGUCACACAUAUUUGUUUAGCCAACCACCCAAAGGAGAAAGGAAAGUGAGAGAGUCCUGGACAGAUAAUUUCCACGAGGAUAGUUCUAUAUCACAAGAAGGGCAUGAGAUAAGGUGGUCCAUUCCCUGGCCAUACUUCCUCAGGGAGACAUAGAGAAGAGAGGGGAGAAUCUAGGAGAUGCUUUAAAAAAAAAGACGGUGGUGUUAAUCAGACUCACUUUGUGUUAAGUUCCUUUUCCGUGAAACCCUAAAAUGAUUUUCUUUUCUCCCAAAGGAGAAGGUGAUCCAAAUUCUGAGGAGACACCUUCAAUUUCAUUGAGAAUAAUGAAGGCAAAGUCUGUCAGCGUGCACACUGAGUUUACCAUAAUGAACUCAACAGAAGAGAAACCAUCUAAAGCUAUGCAGUGCAAAAAGAGCUUGAACUGGAGCAAAACUCUUAGGAAAAUUCAACAAACUCGUAAGGGAGGGAAACCAAUUAAAUGUAUGGAGUGUGGAAAGAGCUUCAGUCAGCGUGGAGCACUUAGAAUCCAUCAAAGAAUUCACACAAGGGAGAAACCAUUUAAAUGUGUUGAGUGUGGAAAGAGCUUCAGUCAAAGUGGACACCUUAGAACACAUCAGCGAAUUCACACAGGAGAAAAACCAUUCAAAUGUAUGGAGUGUGGAAAAAGCUUUGUUCAUAAUGGAAGCCUAAGAACACAUCAGCGAACUCAUACAGGGGAGAAACCAUUUAAAUGUAUGGAGUGUGGAAAAAGCUUCAAUCAAAGUGAAUAUCUUAGACUGCACCAAAGAACUCACACAGGGGAGAAACCAUUUAAAUGUGUUGAGUGUGGAAAGAGCUUCAGUCAAAUUGGAAAUUAUAGAAUACAUCAGAAAACUCACACAGGGGAGAAACCAUUUAAAUGUAUGGAAUGUGGAAAGAGCUAUGGUCGUAGGGACGCCCUUACAAUACAUCAGCGAACUCACACAGGGAUGAAACCAUUUAAAUGUAUGGAAUGUGGAAAGAACUUCAGUCAAAGUGCAAACCUUAGAACGCAUGAGAAAACUCACACAGGGGAGAAACCAUUCCACUGUAUGGAGUGUGGAAAGAGCUUCCAUCAAAGUGGGCCCCUUCGAAUACAUCAGCAAACUCACACAGGGGAGAAACCAUUUAAAUGUAUGGAAUGUGGACAGAGCUUCAGUCAAAGUGGAAACCUUAGCACACAUCAGAAAACUCACACAGGGGAGAAAUCAUUUAAAUGUAUGGAGUGUGGAAAGAGCUUCAAUCGAAGUGGAUACCUUAGACUGCACCAAAGAACUCACACAGGGGAGAACCCAUAUAACUGUAUAGACUGUGGAAAGAGCUUCAGUCAAAGUGGAAAUUAUAAAAGCCACCAAAGAACUCACACAGGGGAGAAACCAUUUAAAUGUAUGGAGUGUGGAAAGAGUUUUCGUCAUAGUCUAACCUUUAGAAUACAUCAGCGAACUCACACAGGGGAGAAACCAUAUAAAUGUAUAGUGUGUGGAAAGAGCUUCACUUCAACCAAAAAUCUUAGACUGCACCAAAGAACUCACACAGGGGAGAACCCAUAUAACUGUAUGGACUGUGGAAAGAGCUUCAGUCAAAGUGGAAAUUAUAAAAGCCACCAAAGAACUCACACAGGGGAGAAACCUUUUAAAUGUAUGGAGUGUGGAAAGAGCUUCCGUAAUGGUGGAACCCUUAGAAGCCAUCUACAGACUCACACAAAGGAGAAACCAUUUAAAUGUAUGGAAUGUGGAAAAAGCUUCAGUCAAAGUGGAAACCUUAAGAGACAUCAGCAAACUCACACCAGAGAAUAACCAUUUAAAUGUAAGGAGUGUGGAAAGAGCCUCGGUAAAAGCGGACAUUUUAAAGACACCAGAGAACUUUCACAGCAGGGAGAAAAGCAUUUAAAUGUGAGGAUUGUGUGUUCAAAGAGCUUUACUGAUAGUGAAGCACAUAGAAAACAUCAGCAGACAUACAUCAGCGAGAAAUCAUUUAAAUAUAUGGAGUGUUUAAAGAGCUUUGGUCAGAGUGCAAAACAGUAGUGAACUCGCAUGGGAAGAAACCAUUUAAAUGCAUGGAGUUUGGAAGGAGCUUCAGUAGGAGUGCAGAUCUUUAUACAUCAGCCGUUAGAUACGUAGAAUAUAUGGGAAGUUCUGGUGUCUGCAUGUAAAUUUGUACACAUGUAUUCAAGUAAUGAUGUCUCACAAUAGUAAAUGCAAUAUCAUAUGUCAUGAACUGUUUGCAGAUUGCGGAGAGCGUGAACCUGCAGUGCUGGUGGUCAAUGUUGAUGCUCUUUGAGUCGGCUGAAGUUCAGUCUUUAGUAGAGAGAGUUGGAAAUGUUGGUGUUUCGGGAUUGCUAAUAGAGCAUUGUGGAAAUUACAGGGUGAAAGUUGUGAUGCUUUGGAAGCAGGGUUCGUUAUAUUAGUAGUAUACGAACAACCGUAUAACACCUAUUGUUGUAAUUAUACUAAAUGAACAAAUAAGAAACAGAAAGAGUGAGGCCAACUUCUUAUGUGCAUAAACCCCUUCUGUAGUUUUUAUAAUUGAUACACUAAUUGUGUUACAACCCUUCCUCUUCCUUGGUUCUCUGAAGCGCACAAUGUUCAGAUAAAACAUUAUUUCCAGUGGCAGCAGGAAUAGAGGAAUGAAGAAAGCAGGGUUCCUGGGGUGUCCAGAGGGGGUGUGAAAGAGACUCCCUCCCCCGCUCCUCUAGAUGAAUAAAAGCAACUGGGGGAAGAGAAGGCGGUGGAGAGAGAGAAACAUGGCCUUUGGUGGGUGAUUCUGUUUUGGGUGCUGUCAGUAACUUCUCCAGAGGGGCUCUGGGGCAUCCUUUGCUCCUCUCUCCUUCCCAAGGGUCUGUGGCUCCUCCAAGUCCUCCUAGAGAAGGAUCCAUUAAUAGGGCUUGGAGGAAAGAGUGUUCUAGAUCAGCUGCUGCAUCCUUGUUUCUCUUUGGGGUUCUGGAUCUGCCUUCUGUAUCUGCCCCCACGUUAUGCAACCUCUCAAGUCGAGACUGAACUGGUGUUUCUGUUGUAAAAUUAGUUAACCCAUUUAGCAUAUGAUAGAAUUCAUAUAACCUAACAGUGAAUGAAACAUACGUACCUUUCUUAUACCUUCAUCUUACUUUCUCUGAUGGAAGCUAUGUCUCAGUGCUCUAAUAAUUUCUAGGCUACGUGGACUUCGCAACCCCGACUUCCACCCAAUUAUCUUUCGAACAACUGUUUAAAACGUUUAGAAAUAGAAGAUUUAUGUAACCGACUCUUCUUCCCUUGAGUCUUCUUCCCAGGCGUUGGGAGCCAUUGGAAUGGUAAGCUAAGGACUUUCUAAAGGUCUGGUUGUCAGGUUGAUGAACAAUAAAUGAAUGAAAUGUAAAUCCUAAGACAGCAAGACACCAGGAUACCCAAAAUAAUGGACAGAAGAACCGUUUUAGCUCCCUGACCUGUGACCUUCCAGUACAUGUAUAACUUCUAUGAGCUAAUGCCUGUACCUUCCUCAAAAAAUCCCUCUCAAAGUUGUACUAAAAUGAACCUCUGGUUUUGAGUCGCUGGAGUUAUUGCAAUAGCAUUUCUCUCUAUAAACUGGGUGCCUUCCGGACGUUGAAUUAUCCU